AAAUUAUUUAACAGUUAACAAUGAAGAAGAUCCCUGCGUUAUUUGAUUCAGAUAGUUCGGCUAAAAAAAGAGCAAAAUCUCCUAUGCCUAAAAGACUGAAUUCUCCAAGAAAUGCCCUAUCAGAAAACACUUCCAAUAUCAAGGUGUUUGCUCGCUUUCGGCCUUUAAACAAAAUGGAAGAGAACAAUCCAACUUAAGACUUUUGUAUUUUUCCAGACAUACAUACUGUACUUCUUUAAUAGGAUGUCGUCCACACAUUUGAUAGAGUUUUCCCACCAACUUCUAAUCAAUUAUCAGUUUAUGAUUCAGUUGGAAGAGAUGCAAUUUAAGAUGUCUUAAAUGGAUAUAAUAGCACUAUCUUUGCUUAUGGAUAGACUGGCUCAGGAAAAACCUACACAAUGUUUGGCGAGUUACGAGAUUCAAUUGGUAAAGGCAUAAUACCAAGAUCAAUGUAUUCGAUUAUUAUACUCCUUUUAGUUAAGAGAUAUUUACGUAUAUUAAUUAAAGUGAUCCAGAAUGCGAAUUUGUUUUAACUUGUUCUAUGCUUGAAAUCUAUAAAGAAACCUUAUUUGAUUUACUUUCAAUGCAGCGUCCUGAUUUAAAGAUUAAGGAAAGUGCAACUAAAGGUAUUUAUGUAGAAGGUCUAACUUAAAUAUCAUUAUAAAGUUAAGAUGAAUUACUUAGAAUUGUAGAACUAGGAGAAUAAACAAGAAAGGUUGCUGCAACCAGAAUUAAUUAAUAUAGUUCAAGAUCUCAUACUAUUUUCAUGCUUGAAAUCAAAUAGAAAUUAUCUAACGAAACAGAAAAGAAAGGAAAAUUAAAUCUAGUUGAUUUAGCUGGAUCAGAAAAGGUGGGCAAAACUGGCGCACAAGGAGAAAUUUUGGAGGAAGCUAAAAAAAUUAAUUUGUCACUUUCAUGCUUAGGAAAUGUCAUUCAUGCUUUGACUACCAACAAUGACCAUAUUCCUUACAGAAAUUCGAAAUUAACUAGAAUUUUAUAAGAAUCCUUAGGUGGAAAUUAUAAAACCUCUUUAGUAAUUUAUUAAUAUAUUAAAUAGAUUGUAACCUGUUCAUCUCAUGCUAGUUCAAUGGAUGAGACCAUUAGCACAUUAAAAUUUGCAUCAAGAGCUAAAUCUAUUAAAAAUCACUAUAAAAUGAAUAUAAAGAUGUCCUCAGAAAUGAUGCAAUAGAUGAUUAAAGAUUUGAAGAUGUAAUUAUAGUUAGCUCAUCAAGAGUUAGAAUAGUUAAAAAGAAAAUCUAUUUUAGACAUCCCAAACGAAAAUAAUUUGAUAAAGCAAUACGACUCUUAAAUUAAUCAAGAGAAAGCAAAUAAGUCAAAGCACCCAUCAAUGAGUCUGAUGACCGAUAAAUCUUGUCUUCAAAUUGAUUUAUCAUUCUUUUCAUCAAAAAAAGCAUCUUAACCUGAGAAUAUUAUAGAUUAAAAGGAAAAUGAGGUUAAUUACUUGAAAUAAAUUGAUGAUCUCAGAAUCUCAUUAGGUUAAUCUAAAAUAGAAUGCUAGAGAAAAUAAGUUAAAAUAACUUAAUUAAAUUCAAAAAUUGAGUGUCUUGAAAAGAUAAUUCAUAAAUUACAAAAGGGUGAAAAUAAUGUGAAAACAGAAUAGAAUCAAAUAUUAAUUGAUGAAAUCAUUUCAUUAAAUGAUUAGUUAAAUAUUUUGAAUAUUGAUAUUGAUGACUGCUAAAACAAUUAAUUUAGAGAUAAAAUGGAUUAAAUCAAUUUUGAAUAUACUAGAAAAUUAGAACAAAUAAUUUGUGGAGAAAUUACUUAAAGUAAAUUAACAAAGAUAAUUUCGAAAUCAUAAACAAUUGAGCAAGUAAUGCAAAAGUUAUCACUCUAAAAUUUAUUUAAUACUAUUCAUCGAUCAAUUACAACAAAUCUAAUAAAUUUAAAAUUACCUCAAGAUUUUUUUAAGAAAAUAUCUGAGAUUAUAGAAGAGUCUCUAAAGCAUCCACUUAUUGAACAAGGAGUCAUGGAUUAUAUCACACAUUAUGAAUCUAUAAAGCCAAAUAAAAGUGAAGAAUUAAAAAUUGAAGCUUUAAAGCUCGAUAAAUAAAGAUAUUCGUUGGAAAGAUAAAACUUAGUUGAACAUGUUGAAAAACUAAAAGAGAAGAAUGAAUAAUUGAUACAAGUAAAAUAAUAAAUAUAUUUAGCAACUAAAAAGGCAAAAUCUUAUUAAUUAAUAGAAAUUGUCAUAAUUUCAAUUAAUGGAGACUAAGUAUCACUAACCUACAACUCCACUUAUGGUUAUAGAUAAUUAAAGGCCCGUCUCACAACACAGUGACAGAUCGUUAUGCAAACCAAAUACAGCAAGGAAACCAUCUACAUUUUUUAGAUAUGAAGAACUUUUAUGA